GUUUACGUGUUGCAGUAUUGUUGGCAGCUGGAGGUCAGUUCAUCGGAACACUUUUAAGAUGUUUUCCACCUGAUAACAACUGGUUAUUAUCCACUAUCUUAAUAUGCUGCGGUCAGACAAUUAGUGGACUGGUUGCACCUAUUCCAUUAUCUGGUGGUGUGCUGUUGUCAGCAACGUGGUUUCCUAGCAACCAGCGAACAUUCUCAACUGCCGUAGUCAUGGCCGGUUCAUUCACGGGAAGUGCCCUUUCAUUUCUGAUUGGUCCAAUCCUGGUUGAUGACGUUGCCGAAACUGUGGUUGCGAAUAAGGAUGGUAGAUAUGUUUUAAACUCAGAACAAGAAAAGACAUAUUUCAGCCAAAUUAGCGCAAUGUUUAUUAUGGAAGCUGGACUUAUGGGGAUUUUAUUUCUUGGAAUAUUUCUUCAUUUUCCUGAUCGACCACCAAAACCUCCGAGUAGAUCAUCAGGAUCCGAACGGGCAGAUUUUAAGCGUGGUUUAUCGAAACUUUUGAGGAAUUUUAAUUUUUUAUUGCUGGCAUCGUUAUAUGGCGUUAGUUGUGGUGUGUACAGCGGUUGGUGUUCUGUUUUAGAUCAAAAUUUAGAGGAAUUUGGUGUGGGUCAGAAAUUCGCUGGAUGGUUGGGAUUUAUAGCAGUCAUUAGUGGUGCAUUCUCAGGAAUAUUCUUCUCUUUGUAA